UUUUGACCUGGCAAUCUGUCUUUCCCUCCUACCUACCUACUUAUUUCACUUCUCCAUUUUUAUUUCCAUAAUCGACACCCGCCCAAAACCUGUCAGCAUCUUGAGAACUUUCUUCUUCGUUCGUUUCAUACCGUACUCAACUGGAUGUUGUCUUGAAUCCCUUCCAUUCUUUGCAUUUUAUUUCUUCCAGUAUAUUUAACAUAUUCGUUCUCUACAUUCACAACCAACUCCAUCCACUGCAUACUCAUACAAGGACCAAUCAUUAUUCCCAGAAAUGCUCAUCAUCUUCCCUUGAAGAAGCCAAUAACUGCGAACAACUUAUUCUCAUCAUUUGUCCCUGGAGGUUUGAAUAGCUUGAAUCCGAUCUGUUCAAGUUGUCUUGGCUUCCUCUACCACACGUCGGCAUUUUCUCCCCACCCCAUUACACUCUGCAACCUUCAAAAAUGGCAGAAUCUAGCAUAGGGUCAAGCUCUGGGGUUAAUAUCACCUCUGAUGUGCGACGCAGAAUUACCCCCCGCCCCGAAAAGUCAACCUGGCAUUCUGAUAAUGACAGAGACGGCGACAGUAAGCGGAAUUCUGAGUCUGCUUCAAUUACUUCUGAGACUGCCAACUGGGAGCCUAUACUUGCGCCACUUGUGUUGACAGUCUUGUCAAUUUUCACUCGCAUGUAUCAAAUUGGCCGUUCGAAUAUUGUGACAUGGGAUGAAGCACAUUUCGGAAAAUUUGGAUCCCAUUAUCUGAAGCGUGAAUUUUAUUUUGAUGUUCAUCCACCACUGGGGAAGAUGUUGGUUGGCUUGUCGGGAUAUCUUGCUGGCUAUAAUGGGUCAUUCGAAUUCAAGUCUGGUGAGAACUACCCAGAAGAUGUCAACUACACGUUCAUGCGUCUCUUCAAUGCUGCAUUCGGGGUGGCAUGUGUCCCUCUGGCAUAUUAUACUGCGCGAGAACUCGGGUUCCGGAGGGCCACCGUCUGGCUUGUUAGCCUGAUGGUUCUGUUUGAGAACUCGUAUGCAACGAUCUCGAGAUUUAUACUCCUGGAUUCCAUGUUACUAUGCUUCACAUUUACAACAACGCUGUGUUGGGCGAAGUUUCAUCGGCUGCAACACGCUAGUUUCUCGAUCGAGUGGUUUGUAUGGCUUUUUCUCACAGGUGUUAGCAUUGGCUGCGUCUGCAGUGUCAAGUGGGUUGGCUUCUUUUGCACUGCAAUUGUGGGACUCUACACGGUUGAAGAUCUAUGGACCAAAUUUGGUGACCAAAAGAUGCGAGAGGUUGUAGUAGUGAAACAUUUUGCUGCCCGGGUAGCGGGUCUAAUAAUCGUUCCUUGCGUGGUUUACAUAUUGUCUUUCUAUGUCCAUUUCUGGAUUUUAGAAAACAGUGGACCCGGUGAUGCCCAAAUGAGCUCGCUUUUCCAAGCGAAUUUGAAGGGCACUGAGGUGGGAAAAGACAGUCCCCUUGAGAUAGCAUUGGGGUCACGUGUAACGCUGAAAAAUAUGGGUUACGGUGGUGGGCUUCUCCAUUCGCACAUCCAAACAUACCCCGAAGGGUCAACCCAGCAACAGGUUACCUGCUAUCAUCACAAGGAUGCCAAUAAUGAUUGGUUCAUUUAUCCCAACCGCCACGAGCCGGAUUUUGAUACUGAUGGUCCUUUGAGAUUUAUUGGCGAUGGCGACAUCAUCCGUUUAAUCCAUGGCCAGACAGGUCGGAACCUGCAUUCACAUGCUAUAUCUGCCCCAGUUACCAAGAGUCAGUACGAAGUUUCUUCCUAUGGCAAUAUUACUAUUGGGGACGACAAGGAUCAUUGGGCGAUUGAGGUUAUCGAUGACGUCGCCUCCAGGGACAGGAGCAGGAUCCGGACCCUUACCACCGCAUUCCGCUUGAGACAUCCCGUCCUGGGCUGUUAUUUGCGUGCAGGAAAUGUGAAUCUUCCGCAGUGGGGAUUCAAGCAGAUUGAAACCACAUGUGCAAAGGAAGAUAAACCCAACGAUGUCUACACGCAUUGGAAUGUGGAGUCUCAUUUUAAUGAAAAACUACCGCCUGGUGACCCGGGGUCCUACAAAUCGCCCUUCUGGAAAGACUUUAUUCACUUAAAUGUCGCUAUGAUGACAUCCAACAACGCUCUUGUUCCUGACCCAGAUAAGCAAGAUGAUCUUGCCUCAAAGUUCUGGCAGUGGCCAAUACUCAAUGUGGGUCUUCGUAUGUGCUCUUGGGAUGACAGCACGGUGAAAUAUUACCUUCUGGGAAACCCCUUCGUCUAUUGGGGAAGCACCAUGAGCCUUGGCAUAUUCGGGCUUCUGAUGCUUUGGUACCUGGUCCGUUGGCAGCGAGGCUAUAACGAGCUCUCUCAGGCCGAUAUUAACCAUAUCCAUUAUUCCGGACUGUACCCAGUUUUAGGGUGGGUGCUACAUUACCUACCUUUCGCGGUUAUGGCACGCGUUACAUAUGUUCACCAUUAUUACCCGGCUCUCUACUACGCCAUACUCACAUUCGGGUUCUGUGUUGACUGGCUUACUCAAGGAUUGAGUAGCAAAUUUCGAUGGGCGCUCUAUACAAUCCUUUACUGCAUCAUCAUUGGUAUGUUCUUCUAUUUCCGAGCAAUCGUGUUCGGCAUCGAAGGUUCCAGUCAGCAGUGGUCACAUUUGAAUUGGUUCAGUGGUUGGCGAAUUGCCAAUUAGGUUGCUUUUCUAUCCUCGUGGUACCCCUUUUUCCCUUGCUACCAUUUCACACUUUUGUAUGCUAUUAUACUGUAUGGGCUACCCCACAAGAUACGCCCUUUCUUUCUUUCUUUCGACAAGCUAAACCAUUCUCCUUGAUGUCAUACCUCCUCGUCGAAUUGUAUCCUGCCUUCUUUACACUACCUGAUGCGGAUGCGCCAGGGUGAAGGUGGGGUGGGGGGAGAAAUAACCGAUGUACGCAACUUUGUCCAUUUUAAAAUGAAG